AUGGACGAAAAGCUGGGCCCAGAAAGGCCUCUACCUCACACAGACGACUUCGAAGGCGCCGAAGAAUAUGUGACCUCCCUUCUCGACUUUGUGGGAUCCAACCAUCUUCUGCGCACCUUUUGCGGAGGCGUGCACGUCCUGGACUUCUUCACGAGCGAACCGAGUCUCUAUUCGAAAGUACUGCCACAGGAAUGGCGAGAUUGGUUCGCACAGCGCGAGAUCAUGGUCAUUCUGGAUUUCCUGAUGCGAGAAGAUCUUAGCUGCUUUGAAUCUGGAGAGGUUUCCUGGCGAAAUGGACCUCUUCCUCCGGCGAGCUUGCUAGAGUACGUUCGAACCGUGAGGAGGCAUUUACUCAGCCGAGAGCCCGGUGGAUCUCAAUGUUCCCGAAACAGAGCGAUAAAGCCUACUCAAAAGUUAGCGAGACAAGUCGCGGUUGGAAUGAACGUUAAGAAAGUACACGAGGUCGGCUUAUUUGCCUCCUACAUCGACAGGCUUACCGCGUCAUUCGCCGACUCUAAGGGCCAAGCGAUUUCUCACCUGGUAGACUUUGGAUCAGGCCAGAACUAUCUUGGACGGGCGCUGGCCAGUGCGCCUUAUAGCAAGAACAUUGUUGCUAUCGAGAGCAAGCAGUCUAAUGCCGAGCGCGCGAAAGAGUACGAUGUCAGGGCAAAGUUAGCAGUGAAGAAUAGAUUGAUGAGAAACAAGAAAGCUUUUAGGGAAGGCCGUGAAGGAGCCGGUACAAGUGUGGUACCAAAGUCCGUGACACCUGUUGCGCUGCCUACACCGCCGGAAUCUGGAGCUGAUGAUUCAAUUGAUGAGGGCCAAGCUGCGAAGACUGCCCCUGAAGUGGAAUUGCCCUCGAUGGGGGUUGGCAAGAUACAAUAUGUGGAUCACCGCAUUCAAAAUGGCGACCUGAAAGAAGUGAUAGGGCGUAUUCCCACAUCUUCUGCCGAGAAGAACCUCAUGGUCAUAUCGCUUCACUCUUGCGGCAAUCUCGUUCAUCACGGUCUGCGAUCGCUGAUUCUCAACGAUGAAGUGAAAUCGGUCGCCAUGGUCGGCUGCUGCUACAAUCUCCUCACCGAGCGUUUAGGUCCAGCCACCUACAAGCUCCCAGAAUUACGACCCACGACAUUCGACCAUCCUCGGCUGGAGAACACGGGGGAAGCAAACGAUCCACAUGGCUUCCCAAUGUCAAAGCGCUUCUGCGACUACUACAACCCACAAAGUGGGAGUGAGAGCGAUCAAGGAGUCAGACUGAACAUCACCUGUCGUAUGAUGGCCGUCCAAGCGCCCUCCAACUGGGGCUCGUCGGACAGCGAAAGCUUCUUCACAAGACAUUACUACCGUGCCCUCCUCCAACGAAUCUUCCUCGAUCGCGGCAUCAUAGGGGCUCCUAAUCCAGAGCGUACAGUCGGACGCAGUCCUGCCGGCCACACAAGCGGCGGUACUCCCAUUGUCAUCGGCAGUCUCAAGAAAAGCUGCUACGAGAACUUCGUAUCAUACGUCCGCGGCGCUCUGGCAAAACUUGUCAUUGACUUGAACACGGCAGAUGUCUUCAAAGAGCAGAUGGGCGAUAUUACCGAUGAGGAGAUCGAGAGGUAUGAUCAAGAGUAUGCGGGCAGGAAGAAAGAUCUCAGUGUCAUCUGGAGUCUAAUGGCUUUCUCUGCUGGCGUGAUUGAGGCUUCCAUCGUGGUGGAUCGAUGGCUGUGGUUGAAAGAACAAGAAGAAAUGCGAGAAGCUUGGGUGGAGCCCGUUUUCGAUUAUAGGCUGAGUCCGAGGAAUUUGGUGGUUGUGGGCAUCAAACGGUGA